CAACAAAGUCGCGUCGCGCUUCCGCCGGCACUACGGUUAGGUAAGUUGCCAACGAUCAACAAACUACCAGAUUCGCCAUCAUUUCCAAGUGGCAAAUGGAAUAGCACUGGCACUCAUCAAUUUCCUUCCUCACUUUCGAGGCCCUCUCUUUUCGAGAUUGCGACCCACCAACUUGUCGAUUCCAUUGUGCAAAGAUGGCAACUCCCGCCACAGCCACCGUUUCCACGCCGUUGGCAAGAAAGGCGCCUGCCCCAGGUCCGCGAUAUCGCCCAACCGACUCAGCACAGCGGCUGCACAAGCCCUUCAAGUGUCCCGGAUCUGCAACUAGAACUCCAGCCUCCGAUCGCCCGACUCGAAAGAAGCGAAAGGUCGAUUAUGGAGGGGCCGACGGCGAGGUCGACGGCGCUGACGCUGACAAGCCAUACACGAACGCCGACCGCUUAGCACUUGCCAAUCGCCAUGUCAACAUGUUCCCCGUAUUCCAAGCCAAGGACAAGGACAAGGUCUUUAGGAAAUCCUUCUCCGUCCCUUUCCUCAAUAAGUUGACCGCCAACUACAACCCCAAUCGUCCGCCCCCGACCCUCGGUCUGCGAACGGGAGCUGUCUUGGUCGCAAAACCCCUGCAUGACCCUGCCGGGGAGUUUUCCAUUGUGCUGUACGAUCCGACUAUCGAUGCGCCCAAGAAGCCACAAGAAGAAUUGGAAAAGGAGGAAGCGGCCAAGCCAAAGAUCGACGAGCCUCUGGUUCACAAGAGUCUGGCGGAGAUUCUGGGCAUCAAGAAGAAGGUUGAAGGUGAACACCCACGGGUGCCUGUCGUCAUCGACCCUAGGCUCGCCAAGGUGCUGCGACCGCAUCAGGUCGAGGGCGUCAAGUUCAUGUACAGAUGCGUCACUGGCCUCAUCGAUGCCAAGGCCAAUGGCUGUAUUAUGGCCGAUGAGAUGGGGCUCGGAAAGACGCUUCAAUGCAUCACGCUCUUGUGGACUCUCCUGAAGCAGUCACCCGAAGCUGGCAAGACGACAAUCCAGAAAGCCAUCGUCGCAUGCCCCUCCUCGCUAGUUCGAAACUGGGCAAACGAGUUGGUCAAGUGGCUUGGGCCAGAUGCUAUCACCCCCUUCGCCAUUGACGGCAAGGCGACGAAAGAAGAAUUGACCCGUCAACUGCGCCAAUGGGCUAUCGCAAGUGGGCGUGCUGUCACACGGCCCGUCAUCAUCGUCUCCUACGAAACACUUCGACUCAACGUGGAAGAACUCAAGAACACACAAAUCGGUCUGAUGCUCUGCGAUGAAGGCCAUCGUCUGAAGAAUGGCGACAGUCAGACCUUCAGCGCUCUCAACAAUCUUAACGUGACGCGGCGAGUAAUCCUGUCAGGUACCCCCAUCCAAAACGAUCUUUCCGAGUAUUUUGCUCUCAUAAGCUUUGCCAAUCCGGAUCUGUUGGGUACUAGACUGGAGUUUCGAAAGCGGUUCGAGUUACCAAUCCUUCGAGGGCGAGAUGCCGAUGCUACGCCGGAUGAGCGCAAGAAGGGCGACGAACGUACUACUGACCUGCUGGCUAUUGUGAACAAGUUCAUCAUCCGCCGGACCAACGAUUUGCUGUCCAAGUAUUUGCCAGUCAAAUAUGAGCAUGUUGUCUUCUGCAACUUGGCUCCUUUCCAACUUGAUCUGUACAACUACUUCAUCAAGAGUCCCGACAUCCAGGCACUCCUGCGUGGCAAGGGAAGCCAACCGCUCAAGGCUAUUGGCAUGCUGAAGAAGCUAGUCAAUCACCCCGAUCUGCUGAAUCUCAGCGAAGACCUACCCGGCUCUGAGCAAUAUUGGCCAGAAGACUACGUGCCGAAAGAAGCACGAGGUCGUGAUCGAGAUAUUAAGCCAUGGUAUUCGGGUAAGAUGCAGGUGCUCGAUCGCAUGCUCGCUCGCAUUCGACAGGACACCAACGACAAGAUUGUUCUGAUCAGCAAUUAUACGUCGACCUUGGAUCUCUUCGAGCGCCUCUGCCGCAAUCGCGCAUAUGGCUCUCUUCGACUAGACGGUACGAUGAAUGUGAACAAGCGACAGAAGCUCGUUGACAAGUUCAAUGACCCCAACGGCGAGGAGUUCAUCUUCUUGCUAUCGAGCAAAGCCGGUGGUUGUGGUCUGAAUCUGAUUGGUGCCAAUCGUCUCGUCCUCUUCGACCCUGACUGGAACCCUGCAUCAGAUCAACAGGCUCUUGCUCGUGUAUGGCGUGAUGGACAGAAAAAGGAUUGUUUUGUGUAUCGAUUUAUCGGAACGGGUACGAUCGAAGAGAAGAUCUUCCAACGUCAAAGUCACAAGCAGUCGUUGUCAUCGUGCGUUGUCGACUCUGCUGAGGAUGUCGAGCGCCAUUUCUCGGUUGACAGCUUGAGAGAGCUGUUCCAGUAUCGUGGAAACACUACAAGUGAUACCCAUGACACCUUCAAGUGCAAGCGUUGCAAGCCCGAUGGCAAACAGUACCUCAAGGCUCCCGCUAUGCUCUAUGGUGACACAAGUACUUGGAAUCACUUCGUAAAUUCUGGUCUAAAGCCAAUUCAGGACCAUCUACUACAACAGGAGUGUGGAGAGCAAGAGGUAUCGGCUGUAUUUCAGUAUAUUUCUCACUGAGCGGCAUAGAUUGCCUGGCUUGUUUAUGCUUUCCUAUGGUCGAUAGAGAGAUCGUUAUAAUCAUCAGAAUGCAUUUCUUGAUGAUGAU